AUGGCUGCUCCAACGGAGCACAAUGCAUACGCACCUUCUGCUCAGGCCAUUUCAAUCACACCCCUACUCAAACGAUUAUGGCCUUCACCUGGGGAUAAUAAGGUUACAGCAUCGGAAAUUGCCUUAGCAAUCUCACACAUUUUCACGGAUUCAUUGUCUCCGGUUCAAACGGGUGCAUUACUCACGUGUUUGCAUUUCACGGGAUGGGAUCGAAAAGCAGAUGUUCUUGCAAAAUGCGCGAAAGCAAUGAGAGAAGCUGCGUCGCCUGUUGAUAAAGAAGUCUUAGACAAAGUUGUCGCGGCUAUUGGAAGACCAGAAGGCAAUUACGAGGGAGGCUUGUGCGAUAUCGUGGGAACUGGAGGAGAUGCACAUCACACUUUCAAUAUUUCGACCACAUCCUCCAUUCUGGCUUCAUCCCUCUUACUUCUGAGUAAGCACGGAAACAGGGCUUCUACGUCUAAAUCAGGAUCAGCAGAUCUUCUCAACUCUACUUUACCUACGGCACCAAACUUAUCGGCAGUGACACCUGACACUAUCACCAAAGUUUACCAAAAGAGCAAUUAUGCUUUCCUAUUCGCACCAGUCUUUCAUCCUGGCAUGAAAUAUGUGGCCCCCAUUCGAAAGGAGCUCGGUUGGAGAACAAUUUUCAACCUCAUGGGCCCUCUUGCCAAUCCAGUCGAAUGCAGCAUUGAAGCCCGACUCUUGGGAGUUGCUCGACGAGAUAUAGGGCCCGUCUUUGCAGAUGCCCUCAAAUUGGGCGGCGCCAAGAAAGCCAUGGUUGUUUGUGGAGAAGAAGACCUCGAUGAAAUCAGCUGUGCGGGACGGACAUUUUGCUGGCGAUUGAUAGAUCGUUCCACAGAUGACUCCUCGUCUUCUAACGAUGUCGAAAUCGAGAGCUUCACACUUUGUGCUGCUGACUUUGGACUUCCAUCACAUGACCUAAAGGAUGUUUCACCAGGGAAGGAACCUCAUGAGAAUGCCGCAAUCUUGAUGAACCUACUCCAGAACAAAUUACCAGAAAAUGACCCAAUCUUAGAAUUUGUUCUCAUGAACACUGCGGCAUUGUUUGUUGUCUCUGGAAUAUGCGAUGCGGAUACCAGUGAUAUGGGACAUGAAGAUGAUGGGAAAGUCAUCACCGAGAGAGGACCUGGUGGGGGUAGAUGGAAAGAAGGUGUAAGAAGAGCUAGAUGGGCUGUCAAGAGUGGCGAAGCUUACAGACAAUGGAGACAAUUUGUCGAGGUCAGCAACAGUUUCUAG